CUCCGGGGGGGAGGGUCGCCAAGCCCGCGAAGGAGGAGCUCUGGGCGCGGAACCGAGGGCAGCGAGCGAGCGAGGAGCAGUUGACGCCUCAGGUCGCAGGAUGCCUGAAGGCCCGGAGCUGUUCCUAACCGGCCAGUACAUUAACGCGGAGUGCGGGGGGCUCGUUUUCUCGGGGAAGGUGGAGAAGUCGGAGGUGAGCAAGAAUCCAGAAGUGCCCUUUGAGAGCGACGGCUACCAGAUCUCGGCUGCGUCGCGGGGCAAAGAGCUGAAGCUCACUUUGGCGCCCGUCCAGCGGGAGCCUCCUCCUCCUCCUCCUCCUCCAGGGCAGCUCUGCCCAGCCCCGGGCCAGAAGGCAGCGCCAGCAGUGCCCACGGAUCUCGUCUUCCGCUUCGGCAUGUCCGGCUGCUUCAAGCUGUUCCCGGCGGCCGAGGUGCCGAAGCACGCCCACUUGCGCUUCUACACCCGGGAGCGGCCGCCCCGAGCCCUCUGCUACGUGGACGUCCGGCGCUUUGGCAGGUGGGAGGUGGGCGGCGGCUGGCAGGCGGACCGAGGGCCCUGCGUGAUGCUGGAGUACGAGAGGUUCAGGGAGAACGUGUUGAGGAAUCUCUCCGAUAAAGCUUUUGACAAGCCCAUCUGUGAGGCCCUGCUAAAUCAGAGGUUUUUCAAUGGUAUCGGCAACUACCUCCGGGCGGAAAUCCUCUACCGGUUAAAAAUCCCUCCCUUUGAGAAGGCGCGGACAGUUCUUGAGGACCUGCAGCAUCGGGAACAGACCUCUGGCAGGACACUGAGCCAAAAGGUGAAGCUGAAACGGGAGAAUCCCGACUUGCUGGAACUUUGCCACAUGGUACCCAUGGAGGUCAUCAGGCUCGGUGGCAAAGGCUACGACCCAGCGAACGCCACGGAGUCCACCGCCUUUUCAGCAUGGCUUCAGUGCUACUACGUCCGGGGCAUGAAGUCCCUGAGCGACGCCAACGGCAGGACCAUCUGGUUCCAGGGCGAUCCCGGUCCGAUGGCCCCGAAAGAGGGAAAGUCACGCAAGAAACGGUUGCAGGUGAAGUCCGAUCCUGAUACGCUGAGCCCAAAGGUCACAAAGCCCGGCGUCAGGAGGACUUCCAGGGUCAACGCUCCUCGGGAAGGCGCCACGGGAACGAGGAAGCUUGAAAGGAAGAAGAGGGGCAAAACCGUCCAAGAACCGGAGGACCCUGCUGGGCUCGGUGGCACCAGGAGGCUGAGCACCAGGGCCAGAAGGAGCUCUGGGCCCCAGGAGUCUCCGCUGGCCGAUUCCCCGGCUGGGUCUCGGAAGAGGCGACAGUCCGCUCGGAUAAACAGGGCCCAAGCUGCUGCUACCCCAAGGUCCAGGCGGGUGAAAGCUCAAUAACCGUCCUGGUGCAGAAUUAUGGUCUGGCCUGUGUGCUGCUGGCACAGAAGUGGGUAAAUGCCGUCGCUUUAAUGUAGCUUGCUUAUGUGGGUUUCUGGAUCCCUACCCUGCAAUGAGAAAAAGUUUGCUGCUGCAAGGACCCGCGAGGGAGAGUCUGUCUUUUGCUCGGUCACCUCUGGGGGUUUUAAAUCCUGUUCAGGAACACAGAACAGCAAGAGCUACUUCGGGAAAAAUUUUAUACAGAAUAUUUUCUGAAAUUCUGCCGUCUCGAUGUUGUUCAGGACAGCAAAGCGGCGUUGUGUGAGAGAAGGGUGAGCAGGAGCCCUUCCUGACAUGAUGAGCCUUAGAAGCUUGCAUUCCACAGAAUUGCGUGCCACAGAACGGCGAAAUGGAGCGACCGUGCAGCUCCCUAACGGUCCGGCUUUGUAGAAUUGCACCGUUGUGAAAGAUGUAAGAGGAAAGCGUAAGCUUGGCCACGUCAUCGACUCCUCCAAAGACUUGGGAUCUAUCAAGCUGGGCAGGGCCCCGUUCCCCAGAAGCAUCGGCUGUGGUCCUCCCUUCUGAAGAGCUCUUGGGUGGGUGUGCAAACUAGAUGUGAAGUUAAAAGGUGUCUUCUUUGCAUUCAAGACCUUUUAGCAUGCAAACAGCAUCGUGAGGUGGGGGAGGGGCUGAUCAUGAUAGGGCCCCGAGCAGGCGCGACUCCUCCUUCCCUGGCUGGACUCCGGAGGGAAAUCCCAGCUUCAAAUCCCCCCUCCCCCCCACCCACUCCCCACAUCUGCUCCUGACACCCUGGGGAAAUUUCCUCCGGACGCGAAUGCUAGCUUCAGAUGAGUGAUUUCCCUCAGGACUGCAGCAGGAGAGGAAACCCUCUCCUCCGUGCCUGCUGUGAUCCCUAGAAUUAGAAACCACCCACCCCCCUACACACACACACACAAAUCCUGCCAAUUGCAGUUUUAAUGGUUACUCAAUCAAAUGUUUUGUAUCUUUGGUGAUGGCAUCUUCUCUUAGAUGUACAUUUUUAAAAUGCUUUUUUUUAGAACCUGCUUUUUGAUGCUAAUAAAAGUGUUUACUUUCUUCAAAGAA